AUGCAUACCUUUCAGAUUCAUUGGAUCAAGGAGCAUUUGGAUAACAAAGUUUGGGCUUUUAUUCUUCCAGAACAUCAUUCUGAGAGCACAGUGGCCAAAGAGUACACAAUAAUAAUUCAAAACCGAAUUCCUGUACCCUCAAAUACCGCUAUUUUGAAGGAAACUGCUUAUACGACCGAGCUGGUGGGAAGUCCGACUGUGAUACAGAUCACCACUAACGCUACAAACAAAGAACUGUAUGAUGUAGUCGAGAAGGCUAUUCGACGCUUUGUCCCGUCAAGUCAAGACUCGAAACAGCACAGCAGCUGCUCAAAGACUGCUGCCUUCUUCAAAAAUUCAAAUGAUGACGGCCUCGAAAAAUACACACGAAAGUGCACAGCAUUGUCUUUUGACAAAUGUGACACUGAAGAAUAUUUUUUCUGCAUCAAACAGUCCGAUAAACGCUGGUUCAAAUGCUCAAGAUGUCCUUGGUCCAAGAUGUGUCGUGGUUGCCGAGUUCCGAUAAAUUCGAAUAAAGUUGACUUGAUACGCUCGGAUGAUACAUGCGUUUAUCUUGCAGUAGAUUGGAAUCUCGCUGCAUAUGUAAAUGAAUAUCAGCAUGCGCAAGAAAAUCAUAAGAAAAUAGUGGAUCAAGAAGGGAAUGCUGAAGAUCUAAAGGGGAGGAAUACUUGUCAACUGGAUCAACUUCUUCAGUGCUACUUUCAGACAGAAAAUAAGAAUAAGGACGAGUGUAUUACGUGCGGGUGCUGUGACAAGCGGAAAUGUUUCUCUAAGUCCACCGCUAUCUGUGUGCUUCCAGAUGUUCUCGUAAGUUUCUUGCCUCCUUAUGCCAGUCUGACUCACUACUAUGUCUAA